AUCUAUCAAUGUCUUUCAACAAUAUGCUUUGUGUAACGCCUUAGAACAUUUCAAUGUUAUGAAUAUAUAUUUUUCUUAUCAGAGAUAAUCGAAAUAUACGAUAAGCACUAAUAAAUUGUACACCUGAUGAUUAACACUUUAUUCGAUGCCAGUAAUUAUAAUAAAUCUAAUUUUAUUUUUACUCUUAACAAUCAGCUGCUUCAGCAUAACAAACAAAUCCAAUUGGAAUUAUUGAAGAAUGCAAUGGCAUAGAGAUGGCAAAACCAGUACGAUUUGCCGGCUACUGCACUUUUUGGCCAAAUAAAGUAAUGCAAAUGUAAGUAAGUGCAAUACUUAUGCACGUUCAUAUAUAGAUAUGGAACCGCUAUAAACGAACGUAUGUACUUACUGUAUAUAUAACAUACUUGCAUAUAUGCUAAUAAAAUUUAUGCAACUUUUAACAUAUUAUUUAAAAUUCAUUUCGUCUAUACUAAGUGAACGGACUUUGUGAACACUGCAACCCUGUAUCGUAAGCCGAAACAGCUGUGGUUUGAGGUUUUGCAUUUAUUCGUGUUCAUACUGAAGUUAAAUUUAUUUAUAUUAAUUUUUUAAAGUGCGUAUAAUUUACGUAGAUAUGACUGCAAAUCCGAAUGAGAUGGAAAUGUUGCGCAAAGCAAUAAGAUUGCUACACUCUCCUCAUCCAAAUUCUGCGGUUGAGCUGAGGUUAAUGCUGGAUGAAGCUAUAAAGCAACGUUUUGGCCCAGAGCUUAUGAUAUCGAAUAAUAUGAGUAAAGGUCUAAUGGAAUUGGAAGCGAACUUUCCAGGUCGUGCAGCAACACCGCCGCCUCCUCCGGAACAUCCAACGGCAAUGGAUCAGGACCCAACUGCUGAUGAAGUUAUUAAUUUAACUGGCUCUCCUGCAAAGACCAUAUCAGAUUCACCUGACACUAUAAUAGACUCUGAUGAUGGCGCGAACAUCGGAGGAGCAAUGCUGGGAGGCGGCGAUGAAGAUGUUAAUCUAAAGGAGUUUGGCGAUUUAAAUUGUGCUGUUUGUGGUGAAAUGGUUUUUACUGCUACAAAUCGCCUAAUCGAAUGUUCAAAUUGUGGUACACUUUACCACCAAGAAUGCCACAAGCCACCUAUUACAGAUGAAGAAGCCUCUGAAGGGCAAGAGCACAACUGGCAAUGUGAUAAUUGUCUUAAUAAACCUUCCACUAGUAAGGCGGCUGGCGUUGUAAUAGAAGAACCAAUUUCCUUAAUAUCAAAGACAAAGUCAUCAGCUACAUCUUCGCGUUCUUCAUCGACUUCAAAUUCGUCCUCUCCUUUUGCAAUCAUACAACCAGAAGCACCUAGUACAUCCACUUCAGCUGUUCCAUCUGUACAAGUGCCGACAAUGUCUACGAGUAGGCAUCAUCAUCAUAAAAGCUCCAGGUCUCAUAAAGAGGAGCGUCCUUCAUCUAGUAGUUCGAAAUCGGUAACAUCAAGCAGUGCCGUCAAUGCGACUUUCAAUGUCGUCAGUGCAAGUGAGAAGAGUUCUUCGCAUUCGUCAAAAAAAUCAUCGUCGCACUCUUCUUCGUCCAGUAAAUCAUCGUCGUCGAAGUCGUCCUCAAAACACCAUGACAGUAAUAAGCGUAAAGCAAAGUAAACUUUUUAAAAUGUAAUUAUAGUCCGGUUUCAUAUAAUUUCAAAUAACAGCAUAAGUAAAUAGUUUUUUUUUGUAAAAACUUUUAUUAAGUGAAAUUACAUUUUUGAGCAGGAGGCAUUAAAAUAAAAAAAUAAAAUAGUUUACUGAAUAAAUAAAGCAUAUAGCCAGUAUUUUCUUACAAAAAUUUAUUCAGCGUACAGAUCAACGAAUUUUUUGUAUUGUAUUCCUUGCCAGGAGAGACGUCAAAGCGUAUCUUAUUCGAUAAAGGGAACAAUUUUUAUGGAUUUUUAACAAAUACGAAAUAUAUAAGAAACAAUUACAUACAUGUACAUAUAAUUAAUAAAAAAAAAAUGUAUUGUUCUUCUAGUAAUACAAAUAAAACAUUCAAAACAGCAACACGAGUUUUUAAGAAA